AUGAUCAUUCAAAAGAGUCUGCCUGGCGAAGACAAGACUAAGGUGCAUGAGAAUAGAGUCCCUAAAGCGAUCUGUUCGGAAGUGAAGCGCAUCUGGACAUUCGUUGGCGAUGGGGAGUGUGGAAAGACAUGUUCUGCAAUCGAGGGUCCCUAUGGGUCUUUUCCUGAGCGUUAUAAGCCAACAAUUUUCGAAAGCCGCCUCGCGAAUUUCCAGUUUCGACCCGAAGUGGACUUCAAAUGCACCCUGUGGGAUACAGUGGGCAAUGAUGAUUUGCAUAAUGCUUUUUUACCGCCAACAAGACAAGCUCAUCAGGUCCGCUCAAUAAGCUACAAGUCGACAGAGAUCUUUUGCAUAUGUUUCUCUAUUGACAAUUGGGAGUCGCUUGACAACGUUGUACAAAAGUGGCUUCCUGAAAUUGAGCCGUCCAUACGGGAAUGGAAUCCUGUCUGCUUAUUGGGACUAAAGCAAGAUCUGCGAUAUGAUCCCGAAACAAUCUUGAAACUGGGAGAACAGGGCAGGGCACCGAUAACUAGGGCAGAAGGCGAAGCAAUAGCGGAGAAGAUCGGCGCGUCGGCAUACUUCGAAUGCUCAGCGAAAAGGUACCUAGGAAUCGAGAAUGUCUUCGAAACUGUUCUCGACAUACUGCUCGAGGCGGAGAUGUAG